GGCGCCUUCCAGGGCACAGAGAGCCGACUCCAGCUCGCUCGCUCGCCCGCUCAUGGACCGCAGCGCGGAGUUCGGCCGGUGGAAGGCGCAGAGUCUGAGCAAGGCGGACCUUAGCCGCAAGGGCAGUGUGGACGAGGACGCGGUGGAGGUGGUGGGGCUCCUGAACUCGCGCGAAGAGUUCUUCACCACCAGCUCGUGCGCGGGGCGCAUCCUCCUUCUGGACGGGAGCGCAAAAGGCUCUGGAGUUCAGAAGCAGCACUGCUGCUGGCUGCUGGUCACACACAAACCUUGUGCGAAAGACGAUGUGAUGGCAGCUCUGAAGGGCACGACCAGCGAAGCUGUUUUGAAGUUUGAACCUUUUAUCCUCCAUGUGCAAUGCCGGACACUACAGGAUGCACAAACCCUGCACUCAGUGGCAAUUGAUUCUGGCUUCAGGAACUCGGGCAUCACCGUGGGAAAGCGAGGGAAGAUCAUGCUGGCUGUCCGGAGUACACAUGGAUUGGAAGUCCCAUUAACCCACAAGGGAAAGCUGAUGGUGACGGAGGAAUAUAUUGAGUUCCUGUUAACCAUAGCAAAUCAGAAAAUGGAGGAGAACAAGAGAAGAAUUGGGAGGUUUUAUAACUGCCUACAACAUGCUGUCAAACAAGAAACCAUUUCAAACUCACUUUCCAAGAUCAAAGAGAAAAAUAACCCACUUUGUACUCGUAAGAAUAGACGGAGCCAAGGAAAAGCGCAGGGCCCAUCUUCCACUGAAGACAACGGGAGGGAGCUGGAAGGUGGCGAUGGCCUGGAAAUCAGUGCUACACUCUUCCUGGGAGACGACUGAGACCUGGCACAGUAUCGUCUCUGGUACACAGUGUAGCUGCACAGUAUCAUCUCUGGUACACAGUAUAGCUGCACAGUAUCGUCUCUGGUACACGGCAUAAGGCUGCUCUUUACAAGAGUAUCAAGGUUUGCUGAGGGCAUCAACCCUACAGGAGGCAAGUUAAUUUCUCUGUUUUAGAGAAACUUAAGUGUAAAUGGCUUUUCAAAGUAGAUUUGUGUAUGUUUGCUCUCUGAAGACUGCUUUUUUAAGC